AAAUCUGAUAAACUAUACUGUACACUGCACAUCUGUAUGCAUAUGUACUUACUUACAAACUUUCAUUCAGUAACAAGUACAACAGUCAUUCGCGCCAAAACGUAACGGCUUCUUGCAGACAAAAUUGAUAUGCAUAAAAAAUAAAUCGUAAAGACGUUACUAUGAAAACUGGAGGUUUAGCCGUAGCCGCCGUCGCUUCGGAAAAUUUGGAGCAAGACAAAUCUAAAAAAGCAUUGCAAACUCUUCAGCCAGCAGCCACGGACAAGGAAAAUCUUGUUGGAGUAAGCCGACAAUUAAAAUCCAGUGGCCCUGCUUCAGGUCCUGUCAAGAAUGAGAUGUCAGAAAAAACUAAAAAAGAGGCUCCAAAAAAAGACAAGAAAAUAAAAAAAAUAAUAUUCAAAGAUAAAGCUUGCCAAACUGCCAGAGGGAAUAAAAUAAAAAUAGAAGUUGAAGAUUUGACAUCUGAAGCUGGUCCAAGUGAAGACUACUGGCAAGUGCUAGCGGAAAGAAGGCGCAUUGCUCUCGACGAUGCUUUAGAAGAAAACAAAGGGCUAACUGAGCGCGUUGCUAAACUUGAGGAAGAGAAGAAAAUUUAUAAAGAAAUGCUUGACGAAACUCGAGCCCUCGUAGAAGUCCUUCAGGAAAUGAUUGGAGAGGAUCGUAGUGACAUAAAUAAUUCCCUGGAAGAUACACUAUGAUAAAAUACUUAGUUUUUAUUUAUUUAAAUAUCAAUUUUAUACAGGUAUAAUUAAUUAUUGAACAA